CGAUGCCAGGCAGCAUCCGUAUCGGCGAGCUGCAGAACAAGAACUUCGAUGUGGUAAUCGUUGGUGGAGGCACUUCUGGUUUGACUUUGGCCGCCAAGCUGAGCGAAGACCCUGAUAUCCAUGUUCUCGUACUGGACGCAGGAGAUGUCAGCGAGAAUGAUCCGAAGAUACUUCUCCCUGCGCAGUAUGGUGUCCAUUUCGGACAAGAAGCAUAUGAUUGGAGCUUUCAAACUACGCCCCAGAAGUUCAGUAACGGUGCGCAGAUUCUAUGGAGCAGGGGCAAGGUUUUGGGCGGGAGCUCGGCCACCAACUUCUUCAUCUGGACGAAACCUCCUGCUGAUGAUAUCGAUGACUGGGAGCGGUUAGGUAACCCAGGUUGGAACUGGAAGAAUCUCCAGAAACAUAUGCACGAGCUAGAAGGGUAUCAAAUGCCAUCCGCGAAGUCUGCCGCAGCGCAUGGUCUCAACUUUGAUGACUGGCACAUUGGCAAGAAUGGCCCCAUCAAGCUCAUGCAUUCUGCGAAUAUGGCAAAAUCGCAAUUGAGCGCAUAUGAAAGUUGUCUCAAGUUGGGCAUCCCGAAAGCUCCUGCUCCGAUGGACGGUGAUCCCACAGGCUUUUACUUCUGUCCGCUUUCAUUUGACCCUGAGACGUACCAGCGAAGCUAUGCAACAACUGCAUUUUACUUUCCAAACAAAGAACGCCCAAACUUCUCUGUCCUCACCGGGGCGCAUGUUACGAAGCUCGUCACUAAAUCGAUAGAUGGCACGUUGAGAGCAGAAGGUGUCGAGUUCAUCCACGGAGGCAAACAACACGUGGUUAAAGUUGGUCAGGAAGUUGUCCUGUGUGCAGGUGCACCUAAGUCUCCUCAGCUACUUGAGCUAUCGGGAAUUGGUCAUAAAGAAGUGCUAAAAUCCAUCGGAGUACCAGUGAAACUCGAACUGCCUGGUGUAGGAGAGAACGCACAGGAGCAUAUGCACUGUGAGGUGUCAUUCGAACUACGCGAUGGCGUGGAUGAUAUCAGCUUGGACGUCUUACGAGGAGCCGGUCCCGGCGUUCUUGAAGAACAAAUGAAACUGUUUGAGACGCGCGAUGGUCCAUUCACCGUAGGCGUCGGAAGCCUCUUCUUCGUGCCCUUAGAACACUUCUCAGAUCGUGCCGAGGAAAUCUACGCUGCUGCACGGAAGCAGAUCGCUGCAGAAUGGGGCGCCUAUCCUGAGGGACUCCGUGAUCAGUUUAACAUCCAAAUGGAGCGGUUUGAGAAACGCAGCUUGCUCGGAGAGCUGUCUUUUAUACCAGGCUUUCUAGACGGACCAAAUCCACCUAUGCCAGGAAAGAAGUACUUCACGGUUGCAUGCCUACUGAACCAUAACUUCUCAAGAGGGACGGUCCAUUCGACGUCGUCAGAUCCGACGAAGGAUCCCGAUUUCGAUCCCCACGCUUUUGAGCAUGACAUUGACCUGCAGACUCUGGUCGAGCUCAUCAAGUUUGCUCGCAAAGUAUGCAGCACCCCACCGUUAUCCGAUAUGCUGGGUCCUGAGACAAACCCUGGCGUAGAAGUAGAAACAGACACUCAGUUGGAAGAAUGGAUUAAGGGAAAUCUUAGUGCAACCUUCCACACCGUAGGGACGUUAUCGAUGCUUCCGCGGGAGAAAGGGGGUGUCGUCGAUACACAGCUGAGGGUGUACGGGACCUCCAAUAUCCGAGUGGCGGACUUGUCUGUUGCCCCACUACAUGUGGCUGCCCAUACACAAUGUGUAGCCUACGGCAUCGGCGCUCAAGCUGCUGAGGUCAUCAAGGGAUCUCUUGGACCGGCUAUGUAGCUAUACAAGCGCAAUCAACGUGUCAUAGUAGGCUUGGACCAGCCGCUCUACCGGUGCUAACGAUGUCAUCGGAGAGUAAAUUCGAUACCAUGUUUAACGGUGUUAAUACGUGCAUUGUCUCGUCUAAAGCGUAGUCACAAUUCGCUCUUUCACAUUCAAAGAGAAUGACGGUCAAAAAAGUCAAAAUGAUCGCACCUUACUGCUUCGCCAUCAUAAACCAUCAAAUGCUCCUGCGAAUUUUUGGUCAUUGCGAUGUCGGAACAACGGCGACGGACGUUAUUAUUCGCUGUGACUGGCCGCUUAUGCGCUACCUGACAUGUUCCUCGGAAGUGCACAAGCACAGCACCUCCCGUAUCAUUGGCAGGAACUCAAUGCCCGAU